CUCGGAAAUCCGAAAGUGAUUCGAGGCAGGGUGCGGCCGGUAGUAGCUAGAGUGGAAUGCCACCGAUCGGCCGCUCGGCUUCCACUUGGUUUUUAUUACUCGGAAUCGUUGCAUACCAGCGACCAAAUUUAGCAACGCCCCGGCAACAGUGACAGUGUCGUCUACUUUUUUCCUCGCGGCGUUUUUCACAGCGCUUCAGAGAGUGCUUAUCAUUAGCGCGGAGUGGAAAAUCGGUGAGAUCGACGCGGUUCACCACUCGUCAGCUAUACCGGUCGUCGGGCGUGACGCGAUGCCGCUCGGUAUCGGUGAAAACGUAUCAGCCACUGGCGUCGUGGUCGUCGGUCGACGGAUGGUGGAGGGCAACAGUGUCGAGUGAAAAAGUGCGUACGGGAGAAGAGCGCCUCGAGAGUCAGAGCGACGCACAAUCCUCGCGGUUCUUUGUUUAUCCACGAUAGGAUAAAAGGGCGCAGGGGCGCCGGGGAGAAUGUCGUCGAACGGCGAGUUCUCGACGAUGUCGAGCGAGGAGGUGCCAUCACUGCCCAAGUCGUUGCCGUCGUCCCGCGAGGCGACAGCCGAGGGUAAUUCGAGCUCCGCGGGGGCAUACAUGGCCCUGAGGGACUUCCUCGACAGAUUCUCACUGCCGAGGGUGGUCCGACUCGAGGGUAGCGCCGGCAGACCAGUAUUGCUCUUUAAACAGCAGCAGCGCUCACUCCGCGUCACUGCCAGUCUGCUGAUGCAUCGCUAUAGACACGACGUCAAGGUGGGCCCCGAGAUUGUCAUCCCUGAGGGAUACCCCGGAUGGUUCUCGGUGAUAUCCGGAAACGGGACGGCAGCAGGAGCCAGAGUUUACCGGAGGGUCGAAACGUUGGUACGAGCCGGAGUACCGGCGUUCCUACUAGCCGCCCCACUCAGGGCGUACAGCCUUACACAUUCGAAAAUGGAAAAUGGCAAUUUGCGGGCUCACUACACGAAAACGACGAUCCGGGCUGGCGAAGUGCUGCGGCUACUGGCGGUUUUCCAAGACAUGAGGCGCGGUAGCUCAGUGGCCUUCAACAUAACGGGUGGUUUCUCGGAGCGCGACCAGUACGCCCAAUGCCUUGACGCCCACGGCCGAGAAGUGUUUGCACCAUUGUCCGCCCGGGGCGAGUUUUAUGCCGUCUGCCUCGGCGAUGGCUCUGCCGGCGGCAACCUCGACACUAGCAGUGACGCUCUUCUCUACAAGGUGCACCAGCUUGCGAGGCGGCAACUACCGCUGCGUGUGCGCCUGAUAGCCGGUCCGCUGCCGGUGCCACUACCGCGGGAGUACGGAGGCCUGAUGCAGCUUGAGUUGUCAACGCGGGGGCCCAUAGUUCUCGGCUGCCUCGUGCCCGAGACGCCGGUCUACAAUCCGGAGAUGCUCGAGCUCCUGGUGGCGGGUAGUGGCGCUCCUAGGGUUCGCCGAGCGAGGCUGGGCUACCCCUCCGAGGCUCGCCUUCUUGCCUCUCCCAAGAUGCAACGGCUCCUCACCGCCUGCAGUAGAGCGAUGGGCGAUCGCGCGACGGAACCGCGGGUGGCCCCGCAAAAGCUACACUCCGAGGAUGAGAACCUAAAGGAGAUGCACCUGAAAAAGAUCAAACCCAAGCCCGAGAGCAAACCCAUCCUGCAAAGUCUACGCGAGGGUUUGGAGCAGCUAAAGAAGCCAGGCCCGCCAACAGCGGCGGUCAGCCGCCCAGACUCGGAGGCCCGGCCACGCAGCGCCAGCGCCGGUCCCGGCCCCACCCCCGGCGCCGGCAUCCUCGAACGCAUCAACAAACUCCGCAAGGCCGGCCGCAGCCGCAACCCCGCCAAGAAGUCGGCCUCCUUCACCUUCGCGGUACGCCCCGAAAUCGCCAUGAAGACCGCCCAAGCCCAGAAGUACUCAAGCCUCGAACCAUCCGAACCCCUCCAGCAUCCCAAACAGCCGACCCCUGGCAAGUCGCCCGUACAACGAUCCGUGUCCACGUCGGUCCUCGAGGUGCCGUCCGUGGAGCUCCAGCCCAACUACUCACGGGUCCGGGACAGCUUGGCGGGAGCACCCCAGCCUACCCUGGCCCCGCCGGACCACGAGUCCCUCGAGCGCCGGCACACCGGUGACGACAUCUACGCUGAGAUCUGCGAGAGCCCGGCUGUGGUGGACCGCCAAUGUCCCGGCAGCCACGUCAUGGCCCGCGUCAAGAUCCUCGUGCGGGACGAGCAGCCGCGCGAGCAGCAGUCCCUCGAGCUCCAGCCGGCGGUCGACCGCAUCAAGAUAUUCGUGCGGAGCAGUCCGGAGUCCCCCGCCGACCGCAACGACGCCAGCGUGCAUCAGAACGACAGCGAGGCUAUUUACAACACGGUCUUCUGACCCAGACCGUCGUCCGUCUCGCUGGCGACCCGUCGUUGCUGGGCUUUUCGACUAUCGUUGUUAUUACUAUUAUUUUUUUCGUUUUUGCCAAAAAUUUCGAAACUCGAGUAUCCAAGACUUCUCUUUCGUUGUGAUUCGAUUGCUCGCGCGAUCCUGCCCUUCCGGGCCACGGUCGUUUGCUCCGUCCAGUUGUGACGUGUGGAUUGACUGUGCGACGCCCAAAGGGGGACGAUAGCUCGAAAAAUAUUUUAAGUGAGAGCGACGCCUAUCAUCUGCCUGCAUGAUGGAGCGCCGGUGUAAUUAUGUACAUGGUACUAGUAAUUCUUAGUUGAUCCGAGUUUAAGAGAGUAACGAUAUAUUUUAGAGUACUUUAUCCGUAAUGUGAUGUGCCAGAUUUGUCCUUGCUAUUUAUGCGACGAAUGUAAAAUGCAAAUGUAAAUCGAUAUAGUCAGAGCGCGUUCUUUAACACCAAAGUGGUGCUGUACUGCUUUGUACAUACAUGGACGUUGUUUUACGUAAUACAAACUAACCACGUUGAAGUAACAAAAGAUAUUAAUUUCUACUAUCUGUAACAACAUAGGUAAGAUAACGAGAAAAACAUGACGAUAGUCGCAUUUAAUGAAAUAAAGGA